GAUCCAAUGGCAAGAUCCAAUGGCCGCUGCAGGGCCGUCAAUACAGUGCGUGGAGAGCCGGGCACAUCAGAUUCGCAGCCGGCUCGGACAGCCCCAACCCGUUUCCGCCCCGUGGACCUUGUCGGUCCAGGCCGAUGCAAGAGGCAGUGCCCCUUGACUGCGUUUUGCUGGAUCGCCUCGGGCCCAGCGCUCUCUCGCCGAUCGCUCUGCUCUCCCAACCGAGCCCCUCCUCCGACCCAAGCCGAGGAUAAAACCAGUCUCUCUUCGACGGCAGCGACCGCCUUCACCAAAUCGCAUCCGCGGCCCAGCAAUCCCAAAGCUGUCGUCACUCUUUCCAGCAUCCACCCACCAUUCUGCCACCCUCGAUGUUGCAGCAGCUGCUCAGCCGAGCCAGUCCGGCCCUGCAGCCCAAGUGCCGGCGGAUCCUAACGGCGUCGGAUCGCUGGGCCCCCGUCGUUGGCGGUCUCUGUUUCCACUCCAACUUCCAACGCAGCCCGCUCAGCCAGGCCGAAUCGCGAGCCCGAAACUGCACUCUGAUCCACAGAGCAAACCUCGGGCAGCAAGCCUGGCUCCGCAACAGCCUACAAUCGACUCCAAGCCCCAGAACCAGCGCGGGCUUGAAGUGGGACAUUGCAAACUUGCAACGAGGUGGCAGUGCCUUCUACACCACCGAGCGUCAAACAAGUGACAACAAUGACUCCGAGGCUGACCAGGAGGAAGUCAACCCGUUCCCCGAGUACAACGAGGUGACAUACUUGAAGCCGAUUGCCUUUACCGCCGCCGUAAUCGUGGGCUCGUUUUGGAUCGGAUCGGCAGCCCGUGCUGAAAACCGGUGGGAAGGGUACGAAGUCCAAUACUCGAGCCUCAAGGACCAGAUCCUGGGCUUCAUCGGUGACAGCUUUGCCCAGAGAGCGGAUGACAAGAGCACCGCCCCGAUUAUCGCGGGACCAUGGAUCGAGAAUCUCCCCGAAGUCGCCCGGCGCAUUGUGCUCAUGGCCGAAUCGUCGAUCCGGGAGGCGAGCCCGGGACAGCAAGUGGCCUAUGCGAUCAUGGGCAUCAACGUGGCCGUCUUUGCGCUGUGGCAGAUCCCGCGGCUGACUCCGUUCAUGCGCCGACACUUUAUGCACCACCCGCUCUCUGGCAAGACAUAUACGAUGAUGACGGCGGCCUUUUCGCACCGGACGCUGCUGCACCUGUGCUUCAAUAUGCUCGCACUCAAGAGCUUUGUGCCGAUCCUGCAAGAGGACAUCCUGACCUGCCGUGAAGAGUUUCUGGCAGUCUACAUCUCGGCGGCGGCGUUCGCAUCGCUGUGCUCGCAUCUGAUCAGCACGGCCGUGCUGCGACGCUUCCAGAUGGUUCGUCCGACUCUGGGAGCCUCUGGGGCGCUGUGGGCAGUGCUGGUGGGUGUCGGGUUCGCUCUGCCGGACCUGCCAGUGUCGAUCAUAUUCCUGCCAUUCACCAGCUUCAAGCUCGGGCAGGUGCUCCCCGCCCUGGCAGCGCUCGAUGUGAUCGGACUGAUUCGACGAUGGAAGGUGUUUGACCACUCGGCGCAUCUUGGAGGUGCACUGGCGGGCGCCAUCUAUAUGAAGUGGGGCGGCCCAUGGUGGGAUGAGACGCAGCGACAGCUCGACCUUGCCCGGCAGCGCAACCCGUAGAAGGCCGGAUUCGCUGGAGUACAAUUGCUUGCUCUCCCAGGAUCCGAUGAUGUUGAUGAUGUUGGUGGUGUUGACGAUGUUGAUGGUGUUGAUGAUGUUGAUGAUGGUGUUGGUAAUGAAAACCCGGCUGCACCCACCGCGGUGUAUUUCUGGGAAUAUAUGGCAUGCUCAGAAAGAGAAUGCUUGUUGAUUGCGGAAGCAGAGUCUUGAAUACAUUGGUCCUGAUGUCGCAAUAGAGAAGCAUGCACUCGACCUUGUGGG